CUGAUGUUGGUCGAAGUAAACACAAGACCAUUGGUUGUUCAGAGUCCCUCAAACGAGCUCUAUAAUGAGUAUGUAAACACAGCCUUCUAAGUUUCUAAGACGGACUAACGGUGCCAUCGGAGAGUGCUAUCCAUGCGUCAGGAGGGGUUAAUUUGAUGCAAUUACCCACGCUUUAAGGGGCAAAAGUGUGCCAACUGACGUGCAUUGAUUGAAUUAAAACGCAAAGUGUGGAUUGAUGGAUGCGUUUUUGAAACGGGACCAAAAUUGUGUUUAAAUUCACUAACUGUGUGUAUCUUUUAUAGCGGAGUUGCUGUUUGCCGGCUCGCGUAUCUUUCUUUGUGUUGCUCCCCAAGCAUGCUUGAACCUCGCAGCGCAGGAGCAGUUUGAAAAUCGCCAAUCCCUUUCGCAACAUCCCAAAACUAUGGCCGGCGAUCAGUGCAUAUAGAAAAGGAUUACUUAAAGUCACAACAUCACCCUUUUACCCUUUCUCCGUCCCCCGCGAGCCGUGCUUUUCCCCGUGAGACUGAGACUCGCGCCUGGAUCGUUGAAGGACAAGUAAGAGAAAUUGCGCCUUUUCACGGAGCAGCAGCAGAGCGCUUCGCCGAGAGGAAACAUGGAUGUAUUUUAUCCGUCUGCCGGAGGGAAUUCAAUUCCCAGAGAUCCACAGAACCUGGAUUUUUCCCACUGCUUAGGAUACUACAACUACAACAAGUUUGGGAAUAACAACAACUACAUGAACAUGGCUGAUGCCAAUGGAGCUCUACUAGGGGCAGAUACGUUUCACACUCCGAGUCUUGGCGACGAGGAGUUUGAAAUACCCCCUAUCACCCCUCCCCCAGAAGUGGAGUCUGGUAUGGGCCUUCAAGAGGUGGGCUCAACUUACCCUGGGCUACCUGACCACCCCAACCCUCAUCGGGGAUCAUUCACCCCACAGUUCCCACCCCAGAGCCUGGAGCUCCCCUCAAUCACCAUCUCCAGAAACAUGAUGGAGCAGGAAGGUGGACAAAUGAACAAUGGGCACCCAGGGGGCAUUGAUCAGACUCACCUGCGUCAAUACGCUUCAAACCCCACCAUGGUGAUGCGCUCCAUCAUUAACAUGCACAACCCCAAUGGAAUGAUGUCACAAAACCAGCUUUCCACCCUCAACCAGUCACAGAUCAACACACAACUGGGGCUGAAUAUGACUGGCUCAAACAUAGCUCACACUUCCCCGUCCCCACCCGCCAGCAAGUCAGCCACGCCCUCCCCCUCCAGCUCAAUUAAUGAAGACGAUCAAGAGGAAGGAAACAGGGUGAUUGGUGAAAAGCGUCCAGCCCCUGAUGCAGGUAAAAAGCCAAAGACACCCAAAAAGAAGAAGAAGAAGGAUCCCAAUGAGCCUCAGAAGCCAGUGUCUGCAUACGCCCUUUUCUUCAGGGACACCCAGGCAGCCAUCAAAGGCCAGAACCCCAACGCCACAUUUGGGGAGGUGUCGAAGAUCGUAGCUUCUAUGUGGGAUGGGCUGGGAGAGGAGCAGAAACAACUUUACAAAAGCAAAACAGAAGCAGCAAAGAAGGAAUACCUGAAAGCUCUCGCAGCAUACCGCGCCAGUUUAGUGUCAAAGGCCGCCGCGGAAUCGGCAGAGGCCCAGACCAUCCGCUCGGUCCAGCAGACUCUCGCCUCCACCAGCCUCUCGCCAGGGCUCGUACUGCCUUCUCCUCUGUCCCAGCACCCUUCCAUGUCCGCUGCCGCACAGGCUCUUCAGCAGGCCCUGCCUCGAGCCAUCGCCCCCAAACCUCUGCAGAUGCGUGUGGGCGGCAGCCAGAUCGUCACCUCUGUCACGGUAGCUCACCAGAGCAUGGCGCCCGGUGGCGUGCAGUCGCAGCUGCUAGGGCAGAUGGCCGGGCCACAGUCAGCCGUGUCGUCGCAAAUGAGUCCGCCGAUGCAGCCGCGACACGCGACCAUGCAGCAGCAGAUGCAGCAGCAGCAGCAGAUGCAGCAGCACUUGCAGCACCAUCAAAUGCAGCAGCAGCAAAUGCACCAUCAGCAGAUUCAACAGCAAAUGCAGCAGCAGCAUUUCCAGCAUCACCUGCAGCAGCAGCUUCAGCAGCAUCACAUGCAACAGCAGCACCAACAAAUGCAACAGCAGCAAAUGCAGCACAUGCAGCACAUGCAGCACAUGCAUCAGCAUCAAAUGCAGCAGCAUCAAAUGCAGUCGCAGCCACAGUCUCAGUGUUCGCCCGUGCAGCACUCGCCCGGCACACCUCACUCCGCCUCUCUGGUCAGUCCGCCGCCCCCUCCUCCGCCCCAGCCUCACCCCUCCCAAGUACAGGCUCACGCCCAGGUCCUGUCGCAAGUGAGCAUCUACUGAACCAAAACCCCUGAGACCCAAGGUCGCAAUUCAAAGAGAAAAGCAGUUGUUAUUGAAAAGCAUAAUUUCAAGGUUGCUUUUUAAAGUUGCACUUAAGAAGUGUGUAAGAAAUAUGAAUGUUUGACAAAUAACUGUCCUUUGUUCUAGAUGGAUAAGAUAUGUGUUUAAAGGACAAAGCAUCUUAGCUGGAUAUUUAGUCUAUAAAGCUAAGUCGGCAAGUCUGUUCAUAGACUUGAGUGCCCCGUAGUCAUUUGUUUGUACAUUUGAUUAAUUUAGUUUAUUUCUCUCUGUUGUGGAGUUGAAACUGUGCCGGAGCACGAUGGCGUGGGAAAAUGUUUCGAAAACUUGAUGGGUUUUAUUUAACAGCUUUAUUUAUGAGUUGGGCAUCAUUGGAUUGACCGUCAAAGACAAAAUUUCAUAAAGAGGCACUGUAUUAAAAAAGGGAACAGUACACAGGUACUAAACUGGUCAUCAGAGACAAGCUUCUCUGGCCAGUGUGAUGUGAAUCCUACCUUUCUUUUUCCCUCAUUCUCCUCGGCAGUCCAACAGAUGAAACUGUUUAACAGUCACCGCUCAUCAAAUUAUCCUGCUUUUUUAAGUGCGUGUCUGAGAUAUCUCAUGCCACAUUAUUAAACAGGGAAUACAUUUUUUUUUGUUGGACAACAAUGGACAGACCUCCACAGAUCACUUCAAUCAUCACGUCUCUCUUAAAAUUGUCUGUGACCUGCUGUAUGUGUUCUAAGGAAAGAGCAGAAGUUCAUGGAGGUUCUUCUCUGCCCAAACCCCUCAAAAUCUCAUUCACUGCCCUGUGUGUAGUAACAGCACUCCAACACUUCUUCUUCUCUGUAAUUAUCUUUACCUCAGAAGUUUUAUUGAAUAAGUUAUGUUUCCGUUUUUUUCUUUUGUGUAAUUUUAUGAAAAAAGGCUAAAUUACUGAUUUACUGAGGUAUUUUUUUCCAUCAUAUUCCACAUUUCACAGUGAGGACAAUUAGACAGGAAUCCUAUCAGAUCUUUUUUACUACAAUUGAAAGGACAUGGAAGUAUUUUUAGCCAGCUGUAAAAGAAUCUGUGGGGCAGAUAAGAGAAAAUGAAGUUGUACAUUUUUCCUCUUGUUGUAAAGUUUUAUUAUGUGAGGCUUUAAAUGCAGAAGUUGGCGAGCUGACCAGUGUCCUGCUUUAUCUCAUAGCACUCUUUUGUACUUUUUUAUGAGUUACAGUAGCACCGAUUCAUUUGUUUGUAUUUUUGCGUACAAUUCAAAAUUAAUUCCUUUUAGAACAUGACAGCAAAAUAAAAACAAGCUCCACCUGUUUUUAAACAUAUGUUUAUGAAGUUCCAAGUUUUGUUUUAGACGUCCAAAAACUUUUAAAGAGUGGCAUUCCAUCAUCAAUAUGACACUAGCCAUAAUUUUGUAUUAUAUUUCUCUGUCUCACUGUUUGCAAUUAAAAUAACAAUCAAAAUAUUUAUUUCAAGGAAUUGAUUCAUUUCAAAGACUAUAUUAGCCAUACUUUUGUAUAAAAUAUUUCCUCAAUGUGUCCUUGUUAGUUAUGAAAGAUUUAAAAUAAAGA